AGUUGCAUCGCCCCUGACGCAUUCAGCGCCUGCGGCUGAUCGAGAGUCGACACCCGUCGAAUCCAUCCUGCCGGGAACGAGUGGCUGAUAUCCCACAUUGAUAAUGUCGUCGUCAAUGAGCUGGCCAUUGCUGUUGAAGGCAUGGAGAACCCCUUUCGUCAACACAUCCUACCGCUCGCAAGGCAACAUGGAGGCGUUCUGCAUGCUCUACUAGGAUUGUCAGCUUGUCACGUUUGCACAUCGCAAAGAAUCACUGGUCGACCAAUGAUGGCAUUAGCCCUGCAGCAUCGCGUCGCUGCGUUGCAUGAUCUUGGCUGCAUGCUACUCCGAGAGAGCUCUAGAGGCUUGGACGAGUGUGAGGAAGAGGCCGUCCUGGCCAUUGUCCUGUUGCUCGUGCUUCACGAUGUCUGUGAGCACGGUGUCUCAUCACAUGGCGCCCACCUCGACGGUGUGGCGUUUCUGUGUGAGAGAAAGGUCAAGAACGUCGACAUGUCGCAUCCAUCAAAAGCUAGCAUAUUGUUCUUUAUCGCGGCCCUUUCAUGGCUCGAUGUGCUUCGCGGGUUUAGCGGCGCAGAGAAGCUGGCAUACCCACAUGAGGUUCGCGCUUGUGUUUAUGAUAACUGGAGUUUCGGUCUCUACAUGACCUUUGGGUGCCCUCCAAACAUCUUCCGUUGCAUUGGCGCUGUUAUUGAGGCUGCCAAAGCUGAGCUCGAAGGCACCCUGUUCUCGGAGGAGUUCGUCGUGGUGCUCCGCGACGCCGAGACGUACCUACGAAACUGGGAUCCCCAAUCGGCCGUCUUCCCCAGCAACGAACCAGAAUGGGCAUAUCUCGCAACAGCAUUUCGACACGCGUGUUUGCUACGAAUCAUGCGAUGGCCGGAUACAUGCAGCGUUUCAUGCGACGAUUCACGAAUCCGAGAGUCAGUGGAGGCCAUUCUCGAUGCCUGUGCUAACAUUCCCAAAACUUCCCCUUGUUAUAAGCGUAUGCUCUUCUCAUUGUUUAUGGCUGGCGUGGACACUUGUUCAGAGCAACAAAAGCACUACAUUGAUCUUUCCAUUGAGGAGAUCAAGACGUGCACCGGGUUUCCGCACUGUGGAAUGACAGAGCUUAUGAACAAAGUGUGGGCGGAGAGAAAGAUGAACUCGAAAGGCCGCAAUAACGUGCCUUGGAUGGACUUUACAUGUGUGGACAAGAAUGAGGGCUCGCAGGAUGCAUACCUUUUCUUCUAAGGGGGGAAUUGUCUGCUGGCAAGUUGAAAUCCACCAACCCGUAAAUCCAUUAGUAACGCUACGUUCCCCGCAGGUCUGAUAUUAACCCAGGCGAUCGUGAAACUCAAUAAACAAAUUCUAAUUAUUUAUA